CACAAGACUCGUUCACACUCGUUACUCUAUUUGAGACUCGCUGCUCUAUAGACUGAAAGGCGUGACACUGCAUGUCAUCGGAGAUCUGAACAACUUCUCGUCGUCUCCCACCUCUCAUCCCCACAUGCCUCACAGAACGUCGAGAAGAAGUGUAGGUUGGCGUAGCGAAGAUGUGCGGAGCAGCCGCUUGCUCGACAGCUUCGACAUCUCGCAUCACUCUCGAUUUGGAUUGCCCCGUGCCUUGGCCGGGCUCGUUGCGCGACGCUGCCUGUCAUGUCGAUUGCUCGUCCCUGGACCAGAGUAUCGAUGUCAAAGUGCAGGGAAACAGGCCAACAUGCGAGGUGCUGAGCAGCUCUUCAAUCAGCGCGCGAUAUCUGGAAUGCCUCUACUUGGGCGAGGCUCAUUCACCCUUCGGCGCAUUCAUGGCAUACAUUCUGCAUCCGCUCGACUGCAAGGGCCACCAACAUGAGGCCGGAGCUCUCCACGUCCAGCAGAUAAGGUCUAGCCUCAUUGAGCUCCUCUUGAAUCACCCCGUUCACGAGCAGACAUCGCGCAAAUGGGAAGAUGGCAUGAAGCCGGAUCGCUUGAUGAGACUGCACAGAGCAGGGGCGGACGCUGUGCUUCCGGCGAACGCUGCAGGAGUGGAGCACAACGACGGAGCGAGCGAUGCAUUCGGCGCUUAUGAGCUAAAACUCAUCUGGCAGGCGCUCAGGUCGGGACCGGGAGCUGCUGUUAACUCGGAGCUUCAGGAACGCUUGGCGGAUGAGCGCAGGCAGUGCGAGCUUCAAGAAGAGCAGGGAAGGCCAAGUCAGCCGGAGGAGCAAGAGAUGCUUGCUCAGAGUAGAGACCUCGCCGCUCACAAGGUGGCAUUCGACACUCCAAAAGACGGCGGCGCAGCAGCAGCUGCAAGUCGCCAUGGCUCCAAGGCAAGGCGAUGGAUUCAGGCAAUGCAGGCUCGAGAGAUCCAGCUGCAAGCUCUCUUGCUGCUGUGUCUGCUUCAAAUCAGCGUCGACCACCCUAUCGUCGAGACUGUCGCCCCUCCACCAGCGGAGCGAGCUUGUAGCACGGCGACUGAAGCGGCGGCGUUGCAAGAGCUUGGCGGUGGCCUGACUCACGCUGAUGGACAAGUGAAAGUGCCAGGCGUCGGAUCGGAGCAAAAUGACGACAAGCUGAAGCCGAAGACGAAGCGAAAGAGAAAGGACGCCGCUCGACGCUGGACUGCCGGAUUGGGGUCGUCGGCCGGAUUCCCAUGGGCGGGACAAACGUCGACAAUCUCGCCACGCACGCCAGGCGGGACUAAUCCCUCAACAUUGAGCCUUGGCACAGACGCCGCUGCCUUGGCUCAUCGCUUUGAGGCUGUCGCUGAACGCCUUGCUUUGCUGGGUGUGACGACGUCGCUCAGCAUGGAGUUGGGCCUCGGGCUGACACCCAGUCGGCCUUCCGCUUCCUGCAACACGCCCACAAUGGUGCGUAAUAGAGGCGCGCAGUUUGGCUCGGCAGCCAGACCGAAAGAGCCAGAGGACAUCAGAGAUGAUCUUCAAUGGCUGUGGCAGGAUGUCAUGAAGCCCUACUUUGGCGCAAAGCUGCCUCGUCAGGUCGCCUUUGUUCGUGCUCGAGCAUUCGCGACCUCGUACGCCGCGAGCACGCCUGCCAGACCUGACCAGAGGGGAGAGGGCUCCGAAGGAGAUCAAAAGGAGAUGGCGAAUGCGCAUGCGGUAAAGGAGGGCGAAUGCUCGUCACCUCGGUCAAGGCAGUCUGGUAUCUCUGUCCCUGAUCUUGUCACCCUCAACACUACUCGAGAAUCGCAGCAGUCAGCUCUGGCAGCGGAACAAGCCUCGAAACGGCCGAAAUUGGAAGAUGCACUCAGGACUGAAUCUCGAUCUCAACAGAGGGACCGAGGCAGCCUGCGAGGGAGCUCCGCGAACUUGCGCCGAUCCGGCGCUAGAGAAGUCAGCGUGGGUGGAAAUGCUGCGAGGGGUCGAAAGAGCUGGGAGAAGAGCGCAAGUUGCACUGCAGUCGAUCUCGCCACCUCAAAUAUGAGCGGAAAACCUUCCAGAUCGAACACGCCCGAUGUCAGCUCGCGCGAAGCUCUGUCCACACAACUAGGUCCGACGCUGUUCAUGCCGCCGCCCGGAUCCGCCAAGGGACAUGGUAACCUGGGCCGACUGAAGGCUCCGGCUCGAAGGCUCGACAAGAGUAGGUCUGUCAGCACAGGCAUGAGCCAAAGCCUGGCGGAAUCCCUGUCUGCUCGGGCGUCGUCCGCGAAACAAAACGGACGCACUGGCUCGGUGUUCAAAAGAUCCGAGUCCCAGCCUAUGUCAGAGCUUUCGCUGGCUGCAGACUCGUCCAGGCGAUCGUCUGGCGUGUCCGCCCCCGAGCUUCCGCUCUUGGAGCCUUCGAAGGCUGCUGAUUCUAUCAUCUCGACCAAGCUUGGACGGACCGCAGUAGGUCGGCCAGCAGCAGCACUCGGCGUCAGUACUGCCAAGAAGCCAUUUACUCGCAGCGAGUCCCAACCUGCAGGGCUGAUGGGCAUGUCUUCAACUUCAGGUUCCUCCAAUGCUAUCAUGGAGCGCAGCACAGGUUCCGACAUCGAUCGACUUGUGUUAGACAGUACGAGGGCGACAGGAACUUCUUUGCAGCCUGCGCACCAUACUACACGUGUCGCAGGGACGUCGGACGAGGAGGAGGAGGAGGAGGAGGAGGUAAUGAUGAUCUCCCGCAAGAGAAGAGCUUUGCCAUCAUUUGGCUGGUCAACUUCAUCUUCGAGUCCUCCCCGUCCCUCUUCCGUCCCGGGCACUGCAGCUAGUGCUAGCGAGGACCGCCGCACUGAGCUCGCCGAGGGGCUACCAGCGUCAUCAUCUGCUCCCACCUCGAUCUUGCUGACGAGGCCUUGCAUCACUCCGAUUCAAGACACAAGUGCCAAAAAGGAGCCAGCGAGACCUGCGCCAUCGGAGACGUCGAAGGCUUGCCUCCAGCGCACUGCGGGGCAUCCAGUCUGGCCCCAGAGCGACAUGGAGGCCAUGCAAUGUGGAUCGAAGCGCACGCUGGCCGGCAAAGCUUUUGGCAGAGCUGUAUCUGGACGCAAUCCUUUCGCUGCGCCUUCACGCUGAGGAGAGUGGGAAUGGCAAGCAUCUGACUCAUGGGACAUGUCUGGCCACUCUCCCAUACCUCCGUAUCUUAUGUUAAAGCCUUUAUCGACGCUUGUCUGUCAUCAGAAAUGCUGAAAAUGAAUGUGCACACACAUGCAUGCU